CGAUCAAGCAGCGCAGCGAGCCAUGGCCAAGAAGCAGAAGCGAGUCGCCGAGCCGCAGGAGGCAGAAGAAGCUCCGACAGUGCCCAAGAACAAAAAACACCGCAAAGAUAAGCCAUGGGAUACAGAGGAUAUUGAUCAGUGGGCUGUCGCCAAAUUUGAAGCGCCCGCCUCGACGUCUGACCACAAGCCUUUCCUCGAAGAGUCAUCCUUCUCGACGCUGUUCCCAAAGUACAGAGAAGUCUACCUGCGAGAAGUAUGGGCGGGCGUCACUUCUCAGCUAGACAAGCACGGCAUCGGAUGUACACUCGAUCUUGUCGAAGGCUCCAUGACCGUCCGAACGACACGCAAGACGUUUGAUCCUUACAUCAUCCUCAAAGCGAGAGAUCUCAUCAAGCUCCUCGCUCGAAGCGUACCUUUUCCUCAAGCUAUCAAGAUUCUUGAUGACUCGGUCGCGUGUGAUAUCAUCAAGAUUGGCAAUAUUGUGCGCAACAAGGAGCGUUUCGUCAAACGGCGCCAACGCAUCCUCGGUCCAGGCGGCAGCACUCUCAAGGCUCUGGAGCUGCUGACGAAUUGCUAUAUUCUCGUGCAAGGCAAUACAGUCGCUGCUAUGGGACCUUACAAAGGUCUCAAAGAAGUCAGACGCGUUGUGCUCGAUUGCCUCGCAAACGUCCAUCCUAUCUAUCACAUAAAGGAGAUGAUGAUCAAGCGCGAGCUCGCAAAGGAUCCCAAGCUUGCCGAAGAAGACUGGUCUCGCUUCCUGCCACAAUUCACCAAGCGCAAGCAGAAGAAGCGUGCGGAGGUACGACCGAACGGAGAAGGCGGUAACGGCUACGAAGAGCAUCCGCUCGAAUCUGCAGCUGGCAAGGCGCCAAAGAAGCCAAAGAUCAUCAAAAAGCCUUACACACCCUUUCCGCCGGCUCAACAGCCUCGCAAGAUCGAUCUACAGCUCGAGUCGGGAGAGUACUUCCUCAAGCCGAAAGAGCAAAAGCAGAAAAGCAAGGACGAGCUGUCAAAGCGGGAAGAAGCGGCCCGUGCCCAACGGAAAGCAAAGAGAGCAGAAGCCUUUGUGGCGCCGCCGGAAUGACGUACUCGAAUGCACUGACCUUUGCCGCUCGGUCGAUUGCCUCUGGCUCUGAGAACCCUGCUGAAUAUGAUAAGAGCACGCUCUGCUUUCUGAUUCCCACGUUACAGCGAGUAAGAAGCAAAUUGUCAAGAUGAAGUACUCAUUCACUGCCAUGAUCGCACUCUUUGUCGCUGUUGCCAUCGCUGCACCUGCGCCCCAGAUCAUUGGAGGCUCUGGCUCAGUUGGCUCAGUCAGUGGCUUCAGCUCAGUCGACGGACUGCCUCCCGUAGGAGGCAGCGUCACGGGAGGUACCCUCAAUGGACUCCCUACGCCCCCUGUUGGCGUGUUCGUCUAAGCAGAUGAGAGCCAUAGCUCAUCAACCAAUUGCAUUGCAUUUCACUCUCUUGGUUGUAGAUCGUACGAUCUCCAACCUA